AUGUUAAGAAGAGUUAUAAAUAAUUAGUUUGGAAUGAGAUCAUCAUAUUUAAUUUAGUUAAUUCUAAUUUAAACAUUCAACUUCAAUUUCAAUUAAAACAGCAAAAUAAAGUUGGAACAAAAGUGUCUAGGCUAUUUUAUCACAUGUACUUUUCAGGUACUCAAGAUAUUGAUAAUCUUUGUAAAAAUUAUGAUUCUCAAAGGUAGUUUGAGUUAAUAAGUCUUCUGA